GUGAAGCUUGUGUAAUUGGAAAGACUCAUAAAGUCAGUUUCAGUCAGGCUAAGCAUGUCACCAAAGAAAGAUUGGACUAUGUCCACUCGGAUCUAUGGAGCUCACCAAACGUGCCACCGAGCCUCAACCAAAGCCAGUACUUUAUCUCAUUUACAGAUGAUCGCACAAGAAAGGUGUGGUUAUACUUCCUAAGGUUUAAAGAUGAAGCCUUCAGAGCUUCGUUAACUGGAAGAAGAUGGUCGAGACACAAAGCGAAAGAAAGGUCAAGAGGUUGAGAACUGACAACGGCUUGGAGUUCUGCAACCGACAGUUCGAUGGAUUCUGCAAGGAGAAUGGUAUUGUAAGGCACAGAACGUGUACCUACACGCCACAACAAAACGGCGUGGCCGAGAGACUCAAUAGGACGAUCAUGAAUAAAGUCAGAAGCAUGUUGAGUGAGAGUGGCUUAGAACUGAAAUUUUGGGCUGAAGCAGCAUCAACCGCCGUGUAUCUAAUAAAUAGGUCACCUUCAUCUGCUCUGGAGUUCAAGAUACCAGAAGAGAUGUGGACAUCAUCCACCCCAGACCUCAGUAAUCUUAAGAGAUUUGGCUGCUUGGCGUAUGUUCACUCCACAGAAGGCAAGCUAUUACCAAGGGCCAAGAAAGGGGUAUUUACGGGUUAUCCAGAUGGAGUUAAGGGAUACAAGGUGUGGCUACUGGAGGAACAGAAAGUAGUGAUCAGCCGGAAUGUAGUGUUCAGAGAAGAACAAGUCUAUAAAGAUGUGAGUACAGGAAAGUUUGAAGACGAAGCUUCAAAGACUAACUCUGUGCUUAUUGACCUGAAGCAACUCAAAGAGGAUGAUUUAGAGAUGACAUCUCCGGCAGGAACUUCACAGUCAGAACAUGAAGAAACAGAACAGAGUAGUAGCGACCUCAGUGAUUAUCAGCUGGCUAGAGACAGAGUCAGGAGGCAGACAAGACAACCACCAAGGCUGAUGGAUUAUGAAUGUGAAGUAACAGAUGGUGAAGAUCAGUUUGCAGGGUUCGUUUGUCUCAUGUCUGAAGAUACAACAACUGAACCAAACUCAUUUCAAGAGGCUAUGUCCGAUCCAGACAACGACAAGUGGACAGAAGCAGCUCAAGAUGAGAUGACAUCUUUGGAAGCAAACGAUACAUGGGAGCUAAUAGAAAGACCAAAAGAUCAGAGGGAAAUAGGGUGUAGGUGGUUAUUCAAAAGAAAGGCAGGGAUUGCAGGAGUAGAACCACCGAGAUACAAAGCACGUUUAGUUGCGAAAGGCUAUUCCCAAAAGGAAGGAAUAGAUUACCAAGAGAUCUUUGCUCCGGUCGUAAAACACGUAUCAAUCAGGUUUGUGCUAUCCGCAGUUGCUCACUUUGACAUGGAACUGCAGCAAAUGGACGUCAAGACGGCAUUUCUGCAUGGAAACUUGGAGGAGUUUAUAGUCAUGGAGCAACCUGAGGGGUUCAUAGACAAGAAGUUUCCAAACAGAGUAUGCAGACUCAAGAGAUCUCUGUAUGGGUUGAAACAAAGCCCACGACAGUGGAAUAAGAGGUUUGACGACUUCGUAAGAGCAAAGGAGUAUGUGAGAAGUGAGUAUGGUCCAUGCGUCUACUUUAAGACAAACAGUCAAGGGGAAUUCAUCUACAUGCUUCUUUACGUGGACGACAUUCUCAUAGUGUCAGUGAACAAGACAGAAGUUCAAAAGCUGAAGAAAGUGUUGAGUGCUGAGUUCGACAUGAAGGAUCUGGGAGAUGCCAAGAAGAUUUUGGGAAUGGAGAUCACAAGGAACAGAGAGAAGGGAGAAUUAAGUGUAUCCCAAGAGGGUUACUUGUGGAAGGUCUUGGGAAAGUUCGAAAUGGAUCAGUGUAAAGAAGUAGCUACUCCGUUGGGUGCUCACUUUAGUCUAAAAGCAGCAACUGAUAAAGAACUACAGUCUCAGGAGGAGUAUAUGAAGAGGAUUCCGUAUCAGAACGCAGUUGGCAGCAUUAUGUAUUCCAUGGUUGGGACGCGUCCGGAUUUGGCUCAUGUAGUCGGGGUUAUUAGUAGGUUUAUGACUAAGCCGAUUAAGGAGCACUGGCAGGCGGUGAAGUGGGCUCUGAGAUACAUAAAGGGUUCUGUGGAUACGCGAUUGAGCUUCAAGAGCAAGGGUGAUUUUGUUGUGAAAGGUUAUUGUGAUUCUGACUACGGUGGUGACUUGGAUAAUGCCAAGUCGACUACAGGCAUGGUGUUUACAGCCGGAGGCAAUCCAGUUAGCUGGAGAUCAUCAUUACAGAAGGUAGUAGCUCUUUCCACUACAGAAGCGGAGUACAUAGCCUUAUCUGAAGCUGUUAAGGAAGGAGUUUGGUUGAAACGGUUCGCUGAGGAGUUGGGUUUUCCUCAAGACUCAGUGGAGAUAUUUUGUGACAGUCAAAGUGCUAUUGCACUAUCGAAGAAUGCUGUAUAUCACGAGCGAACCAAGCACAUGGCCACGAAGUAUCACUUCAUCAGAGAUUUGAUCAAAGUUGGAGAAGUCCAAGUAUUGAAGAUUGCUACAGCAAACAAUCCUGCAGAUAUAUUUACCAAGGUUCUACCAGUGUUCAAGAUGAGGGAAGCAUUGAAGAUGCUUCGAGUUACUAAAGACUAGAGAUACUGUCUUUGAGCUAAGUCCGGUAAAGGGCUUAGGGAGGAGCUCGGUGGAGAGCUCGAGAAGGGUCAGGUGAAGGAUUCAGGUUGAGAAGACAGGAAGCUAUAUCCAAGUAAGUGAUAUGAAGACGAACUUGUCUAAGGAGGAGAUUUGUUGGUUAUAGACAAGUCUUGCAUCGGUUUAGGUUCAAUUGCUUAGCUUAGAUUAGACUUGGUUUAGAAUGGUUUAAGCUUGUAAUUGAGAAUAAACCGGAUCUCUCUCUCUCUUUAGCUAGGAGAUACGCGUGUGUCAUGUACACGUGUUAAGGUUAACUAACUCGAGUUAUAAGAGUCUGUUAGCUGUAGUUAAGAGUUAAUAAGCAGAGCUGAUUAGGAGUUGUUAGAUCAGUUGAUGCGAGAUUAACAAGAGAGAGAGUCCGUGAGAUUGAGCUGUAGCGACGGUGACUCGAGUGUGAGAUCAUUCGUUGAAGAUAGUAGAUUGCUGGUUCAAUCCCAGCUCCGGUGAAGUAUAGCGGCCACACACCUAGUUAACGGUGGUGGUGCGGUGAACACUGGGUAAACAGAUCGACGGUGUGCUCCGUAGAAGAGAAGUUCUAAUCGGUUAAAGAUUGACGCGAUCUUCACACUUCCUAUUAUCAAACUUCAAAAGAAUUCUCAAAACCAAAUUGAUAAAACAAGAUCACGUUCUAAUCCUUUUCUAAGGGAGACGUUUCCAUUUUUUGUUUUUUAGCUAUUUUUGUUUUUUUUUUGUUAGUUUUAAUUCUUGGGCAAUUCUCUUAAAUAGAUCAUUUUCAAGUUUUGAUCACAAAAAUAGAUCACGAAGAAGAAAAUGACCAAAAUAUUUAAUUUAAUAGGUAAAAGGACCCUAAUACACUAGAUAUAUAAAAAUAAAAAAAUAAUAAUAACAAAAAUAAAAAAAUAAAAAAAAUAAUAAAAAAAUUAUAGUUUUCGAUUAUUGUUGUAAACUAAUGGGAGAAAGAGAUUGUAUAUUUCUCAUAAUUAUGAAGGCCUUUAUAUAUAUAGGGAAUUAAAGUAGACCGUCAUAGAUAAAUGGAAAGUAUACAAAUCCUAAAGUGAUUAGGAAAAGAAAAUCCUAAGCAUAUAAGGAAAAGGAAACUGUCUAAUUAGAAAGAAAAUAUGCCUAUUUGGUUAUGGCAUUCACAAAUCGGUUCAUAACACUCCUCCUUGAAUGUUAUAACCAUAAGAGUUCGUAAUACGCUUUGGAUGUUGCCUCAUUAAAACCUUUCCAAGAAAAUCCAGUGGGACAAAACCAUGGAUAAGGAAAAAGAGUACAACACGUAUUACAAAACCAUGGAAGAGUCAAAGCGCCCCCCUUGUUGCAGCAGAGCAAUACUAAUGGAUUGGUUUUCAGCAAAUCGUUCAAUUCCAUUUACGAUACUUCUAUGUACGGUCGAUUGCAGCUCAACAAUGGCCUCACUCGUACUCCUCAAAUGGGAUUAGUUUCUUAUUAGUUCGGGUUUUGAUAUGUAAAAAAAGGAACAACCUUUUUGUCUCUGUCGUGGUGUAAAGUUUAUAACUUUUGAGUGGUGUCUCUCUUAUUAGACUUUGUGUGUGUGUUUUGUUAUAAUCUGACAGAUGGAAUAGCUGGAACUUCUUUGCUUGCAAUAUCAAUGAAACUGUCAUUAAGGAAACUGCUAUUGCUUUGGUCUCCUCUGGACUGGCUGAUUUUAGGAUACAUACAUGUCAAUAUUGAUGAUUGUUGGUCCAAUUUGUUACGUGAUUCAAAGGGACAAUUGGUUCCACAUCCUGAAACCUUCCCCCAAGGGAUUAAGCUUCUUGCUGAUUAUGUUCAUUCAAAGGGUCUCAAACUCGGUAUAUAUUCUGACGCUGGGUAGAUUCAAGCUUCAUGCACCUUUGGAGGUGGUUUUUACUAUGAAUCGAUGCUAACAAUGAUGUGAAAGUAAUGUUGGAAGUUGGAGGACGAUACUUAUAAAGAUGGUUGUUUGAAAAUGAUGUGAUAUUACAUGAUGAUGGAGGACACAUGCAAGGCCAAAAAGGUUGUGGUUUACCGGUGGUGUCAUUUUAUUACGAAAGUUAUUCAUAGCUUUUUUGCAUGCUUCCUGAUAUCACCAAGAGAAGUCAUUUUUUGUCUUAUGCAUUUGUAUAUUUUGUGUCUCAAACAAUCAAAAUGGAAAUAAUUUUAUUCAUAUAUCCGAGAUUUCUUUCUUAUGGAAA